UACAAUAUUAAUCCCUACAUUUCAUACCAAAGGCGACACCCUUGCGACCGCUUCGAUUCAAAUACGAGCGGUUUUUGUGGAAGGAAGUUGUUGAUGCACGCUUUCUCACCACAUAAACCGCGAAAAGAAUUAUAAUAAGUGCACGCCAUGUCACGACACUCCCUAUAGCUCCCUUCGUCAGCGCAGGGUGGCGAUAGCUGAGAGGGAACAGUGCUUUAAUGGCGAUGGACGGGGGAAGAUGGCCCACACUCGCCGCUCGCAGACUCGUCUUUGUCGCCGCAAUCUGCGCCUUCACAGCUGCUGAUGAUCGCUGUCUUGAGCUCCAUCCUCCCAGAGUGGUGGUGAGACAUGGAGACCCAGUAUCAGUGAACUGCACCAUGUCCACAGAUCACAGGGGGAUGGGCUGGGCAGCUCCAGUAGAUGACGUACCUAAUACACCUGGUGUGAAGUUUCUCAUUUGGAGGGUGGAAAGUCUGACAAUCUGGGACUUAAGGCCUCUGUGCUAUGCAAACCGUCCAGGAAAACCUCAAUGUAAAGAACGUCUCUCAGUCACUGUAUACAAUCCCCCAGACAGUGUUUCUGUCAGUUCUAUGAACUCUACUGACUCCGUGGUGGAGGGGAGUUGGUACCAGCUGAAGUGUGAGAUCCAGAACAUCGCUCCUGUUCAGAACCUCACUGUGAAGUGGUACAAAGGGGACACAUUGGUACGUGAAGACGGAGACUUUGUCAUAAAAGAUGGAAAAACUGACAGCGAAAAGAAACCUGUGAGUGUGUCCUCCACCCUCCUGAUCACUGUCAACAGAACUGCUAACAGAACUCAUGAUAAAGUGCUAUACUGCUGUGGGGCAGAGCUGUACCUGGGACCCGAAGGACCACAACCCCCCCUUGCAGUGAAAUCAACACCCUUCAGUAUCACUGUACACUAUAAACCCACUAUUAAACCAAUAGGCGCACAGCUUCAAGUAAUCCGUGGUAAGUCUGCUGUGUUAAACUGCAGCGCUAAAGGGAAUCCUCCCCCGGUUAUUGAGUGGAUCUUCAACGGCCGGCGAUUACCAACACAGGACGGCAUUUACAACAUCACUGAGACAGAUCAUGAGGGACAUUAUACCUGCAGGGCAAAUAACUCUGUAGGGAUCCAUGAAGAAACAGUGCGGGUGGUUUUUACAGAUUCUCCAAAAUACAUAUUCUGGAUUAUUAUUACAAUAGGAGCACUUUUGGCUGUAGUUCUCAUCCUUCUUGGAUUUUCAAAAUACUGGAGAUCUAGGAGGAACGGAGUCAUCUGACAUGCCAACCCAAGGAAUGACCUCAUUUUUCGUGAGACUGAAGGUACACUAUUGGGAAUCAGAUUUAAAAUAAACAGCUAUUUUCAUACAAUAUCAAGGAUUUUGUAAUUGCUCAGGAUUUUGUUUAAAGGUUCUUCUGAACUUUGUGAUCCUGUUAAGUUCGUACACCUAGUACUGCUGCGGUUCUGACUGCAGUUUGAAAGCGAGACUCCAUGUUCCACGACCUGCAUUUGUCUUGCCUUGAUCGGAGUCUCCUUCCCAAAGCUGCACCUCCGUGUCCAUGUUACACCCCCAGCAAUAAACCUGUGUUUCUUCCCCAAAACCCUGCAUGUGUUUCAAACCCGGAGCCUUCAAGCCUCGUGUAUCACAUAAAAUCCUUCAAAUGCCCGUCACUAAAGUCAGCUGAAGCAGUCGACAGAGUGUUGCUGGAUCCUGCAGGAGCGACAUGUAUCUGCACGUGAUACUGCACUUAGGAGUAAGAUCUCCACAUGUUAUAUUGCACUAACCCAGUGAUCUGUAGACUGAUGUUUAGAGGUGCUGGUAGAGAAUCUAGCUGGAUGAGCGGUUGGGAAAUGGAGAGUUGGGUGCAUUCUUGUUGUAUUACACUGUAAUAAUAACAGUAAAGGUACUUUUGAGGAAGAAGGGUAUUUUUGCAACUAGAAUUUUUGUGCUUUCAAAUAUGCAACCUAGAUUGUGGUGUUUGUGGUUAAUUUCAUAAUUAUAUAACAUGAUGUGAUGAUGAUCUCUGUGGUUGUGUCCCCCCACUCCACGUUGUGCUGAUUCUCCUGCCUGACUAACCAUAUAUAACAGUGUGAGAUUAACAGGAUAACAAACUUUGUGAACAUGUGUGUGCAUUGAAAAUAAAACGAAUUUGAACAGAA